AUAUCACUCCUUAGUCAAACGGCGGGUUACACAGACGCCAUGUUGCGACUUAUUCUUUUGUGUUGUUUCUUCCAAAUUGCUUUCUUCAGCGAUGCACCAUGCACGAUAGACUUGGAAUGCAUGGAAUGCAUCCCCGACAACAUGCCACUAGUGACUUCCCACCGGGCAUCAAAUAGUUCUGUGGUGAUUCCCGUUGGGGAUGAGGUCGUGUUCUCGUGUGGAGGGGGACGGCUACUCGCCUACCCCCUACUGAGUACUGUGAGCGCGGUGUGUGAGGCGGGGAGGUACCGUGUGAGACAGGACACUAAGUUGCGACACUUGUUGGAAUUGGGGUGCCAGGAGAAUAUAUUCGAAGAUGUGUUGCAUACGGUGGAACACUGCGUGUCACCGUUGCAAGGCCGUGCGUAUCAAGUGGUAGAAGCUUCUAGAAGCACGCGGCACCUCGCCACGAUGUGCUUCGACGAAGACCGCGGGCUGCCCGCAGCGGCGCGCGUCAGCAACGCCGCCGCCAACGCGCUGCGCAUGCCGCCGCACAGCGAGCAGCGCUCCCCGCUCACCUUGCUCGGCAACUUCAACCACAUGUUCGACGCCAACACGCGCCACGCCGCCGAGAAGCUCUACUCCGACGACGUCCGCAUGAACCGCCGUCUCCGCGAGAUAUUCCGGCACGAGAAGUUCACGUUCGCGGACCAAGCGCUGACCGGCGCCAAGCUGCUCAGCAGCUACUACUUCGACGACCAGAACAUGCGAGUCACGGACUUCGUGUCCAACAGAGUGCCGGUUUGGAAGAGCGUCGCGAACGGAAACCUGCACCACAUGCACCGCGACGUCGCCAAGUUCAUGAAGCUGGCGAGACCGCACGCCACUCUGGACGUGUACGCGGGCACGCACGGCGUGCUCUCCUUGCGGACCGGCCACACGAGGACGGAGGUGUUCCUGAAGCCGGAGCGGUUUCCCGUGCCCAAGUACAUUUGGACGGUCGUGCACGACAGGAAGAGCGAGAAGGCGCUGGCUAUAGUGGUGCUGAACGACCCGUUCGUGGCCGUGAGCGAGAUCCGCGAGGCCGUGUUCUGCGAGAGCGCGUGCGGGCGCGCGGGCUGGCUGCUCGGCCUGAGGCGGCAGCGCAACUACGAGGUGCCGCUGUACGGCCUCGCCUUCUGCUGCGCCGCGCACGACUUCACGGCUGUCGUCCACGAGAUGCCCCACGAGAUAUUGAAGAACGUCCCAGCGGGUAACGGUGGAAUGCUAACUGAAUUGUACACUUAGGGUAUCGGAACUGUAGGAUAUUGUGUAGUUAAUUCUGUUAAUGCAAAAGUUUCUUUUUAAUUGUAUGUAUAAUAUGUUUUACUAAAGAACAGAACAAAUACACUUACAUUAUUUAUAUUAAG